UUUAGGUCUAACAUUAGACCUACUUCCUGACUACAGGUAUGAAGGUCUACUUUAGGUCUAACAUUAGGACUACUUCCUGACUACAGAUAUAAAGGUCUACUUUAGGUCUAACAUUAGGGCUACUGCCUGAUUACAGUUAUAAAGGAUUAUAGGUCUAUUAGCCUAUUUUUAGCCUCUGUAUAAGUGUAUUUUCUGGUUUAAAGGUUAACUCAGUCAUCAAAAUGUGUGUUUGUUUCUUCGUAAUGUCUAUAGGUCUCUUAAUGUGUUGCUAUCUAAGGUGAACACCUCAAAGAAGCUGAAUAAUUUCCAUUAACUUCACAUUAUUGUGAAACCUGUUUACCUCUAUGCUAGACCCUCCCCUUAAUGUCACACGAAAAGGUUUUCAGGGAAAAGGACCACAGGCUGAAAACCUUCCACUCGAUCGAACCAAUCGCUGCUCGUAUGUCCUUUCAUGGUAUAGUACAUCUAAUCAUGAACACAGAAAUACACAGCAAAGACCUUUUUACUCAAAAACCCAGCUACUCUCUGACAGUCACCAUCAGACCAUCAGACCGCAACAUGGACAGGCUGUGUGUCACCCUGAUUGCAUUCUUAUGUGCUGUUUCCUCCAGUCAGGAUGGGAUCUCUGCAGCAGAGGUGGAGAUGAGAGUCAGACCAGGAGACAACAUCACUCUCUACUGUGACUGUAACAUAACUUCUGGAAUAUACAUAAUGUGGUAUAGGAACUGUUCUCACAAGUACCAGCCUCCUCUUGUUAUUUUAACUAAGUUUUUAAGUUCCAUCUCUCUCCCUGGAUUUAAUGUGUUAUGGAACCCCUCUAACAUCUCCUAUGAUCUACUGAUUGAGAACAUCACUGAAUCUGACCUGGGACUCUACUACUGUGGGACUGUGAAGUACAAGUUUCAAGAAGGAAAACGAAUGAAAUAUAAAGAGUUGGUCCACUGUGGAAACAUCACCACUAGGAUUUCACUUGAAACCAGUCCUCCUGAGCCAUCCUCAUCCUCCCCUCCUCCUGUAGACUGUGGUCUGUGUUGGAUGUUGCUGUUCAGUCUGUGUCCUGUGUCUGCUCUCCUCUACUCUGCCUGCGUCUACUCCUUCUAUAGAACAACAGCUCCAACUGAGACUCCGGUUCCUCUGAACAGGACUUCAACCAGGUACAUACACAUCUAUCAAUACCAACAGUGUGAGACCUAUACCAGUCAUCAAUACCAGCAGAGUGAGACCUAUACCAGCCAUCAAUACCAGCAGACUGAUACCAUUACCAUCCAUCAAUACCAGCAGAGUGUGAGACCUAUACCAAUGUAGCUGGGAGGGCAUUAUUUUUAAGAGUUACUUAAUUUUUUUUUACCUUUUCAUACAAGUGAUUUAUUUUUAAACUUUUGUCUGUAACCUUUUAAUAAUAAUAACAAUAGUGAUUUAGAAAAUGUGGUUAAGAUCAGGGAAUAAUGGUUAAAUAGCUGUUGUUACAGUCUUAGUUUGUAAUUCUAGGUGUUAAAGUUCAUUGUUUUCCAUUUGUAAGUGUAUUGAUAUGUGUUAAUGUAGCUGAAUAAAUAUUGAUUCAGUUUAA